AUGCCCCGCACAAGUAGAAGACCGCGUACCAACGCGACUUCAGCAUGUAGAGGCUGCCAAAAGAAUCGAAAAAGAUGCGAAAAGAAUCCUGGAGAGAAAACAUGCACGAACUGUGAAAAGCACGAUCUGGUCUGUGAUUUUACCCCAGGUAGAAAGCGCGGACCAAAACCUAAAUCAAUUGACAGUUCAUUGCAUGCAGAUCAACUUGGAACAUUCCAACUUCAUAACUUUAAUACUGUUCCUCUCUACUCCAUUUCUAAUUCUCAUGGAGAACUAUACUCACCGGAGUUUUGUCAUAUUAAUAUUUCUCAAGGAACCAUCCCUUCUCAAACAUAUGUUAACGAUAAUUAUAACAUUAUGCAUUCCACUUAUCUUUUUCAAUAUGAUUCUAAUAAUAUGUUACCUUCUUUUUAUAAUGAUCCUUUUUCUAAUAAUUUAGAUAACUUCUCAUCUUCUCAACCUAAUUUCUAUAGUAACCAUCACGCAUUAGCCAAUGAUUUAGAAAAUAGUUCCUACGAACAGUCUCCACCUGAAUUCUAUAAAUUUAAUAAUUCUCAAGGAAUUGCUUCUUCUAACGCAUAUAACAUCGUGACAUCAAUCGAUGCUUCUCAAAAUACUACAUCUAUUAAUUUUAACAACCCGUUACUCUCUUUUAACAAUAACUCUUUUUCUGGUAAUUAA